AUGUCUCCCCCAAGUGCAACGGGUGUAGAAGACACCACUGGACAGCCGGCCAAUGGAAGUGCCGGCGUACCGAAGCCUCGAUGCCUUCCCCCCGGGUUUACCGACAACAAAUUCUCAGAUUUCAUUUCCACUUUACAUUCACUCGUGGGCAAGAGCAAUCUUGCUGUCAUCACCUCUGAGACUGUCCUGGAUGAUGGCGAUUAUGAGACAGUUGACUGCUUGACACACGACAUGCACAACUUCUACGACCACGAAGAGUUCAUUGCAUCUGCCCUCGUGCGUCCACGCCAUGUCCAGGACGUCCAGGCCAUUGUCAAACUCUGCAACGACUUUGCCGCGCCGCUAUGGGUCUUCAGCAAGGGACACAACCUGGGCUACGGUGGGGCGGCACCCCGCGUCAGCGGAAGUCUGGUGAUGGAUCUCGGCAAGCACAUGAACAAGGUGCUGGAGGUUAAUGCUGUCGACUGUUACUGCCUCCUCGAGCCGGGCGUGUCGUACCUCCAGCUGCAGGAGUACCUGCGCGAGCACAAGCUCGACGACAAGGUCAUGAUGGACGCGCCCGAGCUGGGGUACGGCUCCGUGAUCGGCAACGCUCUUGAUCACGGGGUCGGGUUCACGCCUUACGGAGACCACUGGAUGAUGCACUGCGGGAUCGAGAUUGUCCUGCCCACGGGUGAGAUUGUCCGCACCGGCAUGGGCGCCAUGUCCAGUCCCGAGGGACGGGAGCAGGCCAAGCAAGGCGUGCACCCGGCGGACCAGAAGCCGAACGAGUGUUGGCAGCUCUUCCCUUACGGCUUCGGCCCAGUCAACGAUGGCAUCUUCUCACAGGCUGGAAAUGGCAUCGUCACCAAGAUGGGCAUGUGGUUGAUGCCGCGCCCGCCGGGCAUGGAGGCGUUCAUGGUCACGUACGAGAAGGACGAGGACCUUCCGCAGAUCAUCGACAUCAUUGGACCGCUGCGCGUGAACAUGAUCUUGCAGAAUGCUGCUGCGCUGAGGCAUGUCGGCCUGGACCUGGCACAUUACAACUCCAGGUCACACUACACUGGCAAGGCUUUGGACGAGCCUCUGACCGACGAGGACUUGGAUCGGGGGGCGAAACAGCUCGAUCUGGGCCGAUGGGUCUACAUGGGCGCCGUAUAUGGCCCUCCAGUAAUCCGUGAGGCCCACCUCAAAAUAAUCAAGCAGGAAAUGCUGAAGGUCCCGGGGAGCCGCUUCUUCAACGAGCAGGACCGCAAGGAAACGUUUGGUACCUUGGAGUGUCGGGCUCACACCAUGAGAGGCGUGGCAAACAUGGAUGAGCUGGGUUGGCUCCAAACAUGGAUUCCGAACUGCUCCUUCAUGUCGCUGGCACCGAUAUCCAAAGUGUCCGGCGAGUCGGCCUGGGCUCAAUACGUGACGGCGAAGAAAAGAUUUGAUGAAGCCAAGUUGGAUUACAUGGGCAUCUUCAGCAUCGGAAUGCGAGAGAUGCAUAACGUCGUUUGCAUUGUCUUUGACCGCAAGGACCCUGACGCGCGCCGCCGGGUGCAAUGGCUUGUCCGCACGAUGAUCAAGGACUGGGCAGAAAACGGCUGGGGCGAGUUCAGGACGCACAUUGGCAUGAUGGACCAAGUAGCCAUGACCUAUGACUUCAACGACCACGCACUCAUGAAACUGAAUGAGAAGAUCAAGAACGCCCUCGACCCCAACGGUAUCUUGGCACCGGGCAAGAGCGGAGUCUGGCCGCAGCAGUAUGACAAGAAGAAGUGGAUGUUGGGUGAGGACUACAUUAAAUAG